AUGGCUCAGUACUACUCGGUUCCUGGCCAGUAUCCUCAAGAAGCACGCUUUGAAGCACCACUUUCUGGUCAUUGGCAAGACUAUGCUUCACCAAUGUCUCCACCACCGUAUCCUUCAAACCAUGAGGAUUAUGCUGGUGCGACACUGGAACCCAAGAUGCCUUGUCCCAUGCAAACAUCAAUGCAAUAUCCCCGCAUGCAUCUUGAACCUCCACAUCAACAAUCCUUUGCAACCCAUCAAUCAACAUCACACAGCCCGCACCACGAACCCCUCAGCAUCCCCGUCGUGAUCCCCCAAAUCCAGCCUGGCGCCAACAACCCCUUCAUCCGCGCCUACAGCGCUUCCCUGGCCGCGCACGGCAUCGACCUCACUGCCUUUCUCACCUUCUUGGACACAUUAAACGUGUGUCUGGCCAACACACCUCCCCUCCAAGUCCUCGAUCUUGCAGGUGGGAUCGUAGGUAUGGUACCGCACCACAUACCCGCCUUGAUCGGCGGCUCUUUACAAGCCCUCGCCAAAGUCGGCUCAGCGGUGACUUCCAAAACGCGCGUUGCAGCUCUACUCCGAGACGUCAAUUCAAACCUCUUCAACCCCAGAGGACUGAAAUGCGAAAUUUGCGAUACAGCAACUCUGAAGCAAAAGUUGGGAUUAAACGCCACAGCACCUCUACUAGCAGAGCUGGGUGAAGCAGAAAUGCACAUGAGUAUUCAAGAACGAAGACUCCAUGCGUUAGCACCCUACACCACACCCCUAUCCUUCAACAUCCCAGAGGCGCACAGACAAACAAAUACAAUAGACAGACUGGCCGCCAAACAACUCCAUCGCCAAAUGGCAAAAGCCGAGCAAAAAGCCCUCGAAGCGAGACAAAAGGGAACCGAGAAAAAGGACAAAAGAGCGAGCAAGGAGGACAAAAAGGCAGAGAAAAGAAAAGACAGAGGUAAAGAAGAAGAGAAGAAGAAGAAGGGAAAGGACAAGGAUGACAAGGAGAGCAAGGCUGCUGAGAAGCUGUUGUGGUUGUUUGUUGGGCGGGCGUGA